AUGCAGCCAAUUGAGCGCCGAGUGCUUCGGCCAGUACUCGCGAGAGUCAGAGCACGGGCUGACGUCGUGAGUCUAGCGCUGGGACGCAGUUGGAAGUUGACGUCGUCAAACAUCCUUGCAGUGCCAGAAGGGAUUUCAGGAUUCAGAAAUCAUCUUACAGCAAUGAGUUUGGAGAAGAAAAGAACCAUCCCGUAUCACCAGAUGAAAACUUGUGAUGACUCUCCACCCACAGCCAGUCCAAUAAAAAGAGAGCUUUCACGUGAAAAAGGAACCGAAAGUAAAGAAUCUUCGAAAGGCCCCAGCACCGUGAGGAAGCUCUAUGGACCCAACAUCCAACCUAGAAUGCAGAAGGAGCUCAUCAGGCUAAUUGCAGCAAAAAGAGAAAAGGAAUAUGUCAAUUUUCAUAACUUUAGAUUCUUUGUUGGAACGUGGAAUGUGAAUGGCCAAUCUCCAGACAGUGGGUUAGAACCGUGGCUGAAUUGUGAUAGAGACCCUCCAGACAUUUACUGCCUUGGAUUCCAAGAACUGGAUUUGAGCAUAGAGGCCUUCUUCUACUUUGAGUCUACCAAGGAGCAUGAAUGGCUGGCAUCUGUGAAAAAGGCUUUACACUUCAAAUCUAAGUAUAAUAAAGUACAGUUAGUCCGCCUGGUGGGAAUGAUGCUACUUAUAUUUGCCAGAAAAGAGCACUGUAUGUAUAUCCAGGAUGUUGUAGCAGACACUGUGGGAACUGGGCUCAUGGGGAAAAUGGGGAACAAAGGAGCUGUUGCUGUGAGAUUUAUGUUCCACAACACUACAUUUUGCAUUGUCAAUUCUCACCUAGCUGCUCAGAUGGAAGAUGUUGAAGGACGAAAUCAAGAUUAUAAGGACAUCUGUGCCCGAAUGAGUUUCCUUGUUCCAAAUCAGGGUCACCUGAAUAUCAUGAAACAUGAUGUUGUCAUUUGGUUAGGAGAUUUGAACUACAGAAUUUACAUAUAUAGUGCCAAAGAAGUAAAAUGGCUUAUUAGUAGGAAUGACAUUCACAAGCUAUUAAAGCUAGACCAGCUGAAUGUUCAGCGUUCAGACAAAAAAGCUUUCGCUGACUUUACAGAAGGAGAAAUUAGGUUUAUCCCUACAUAUAAGUUUGACACUAAAACAGACAGAUGGGAUUCCAGUGGGAAAUGCCGGAUUCCAGCAUGGUGCGACAGAAUUCUUUGGAAAGGGGAAAACAUUCAGCAACUCAGGUACCAGAGUCACAUGGGGCUGAAAACCAGUGAUCACAAACCUGUCAGUUCUUCCUUCCUCAUUGGAGUGAAAGUUGUAAAUAAUGGGAAAUACCAAGAGGUACUCAAAGAGAGCGUUCAACUGGUGGACAAAAUGGAAAAUUACUUUCUCCCCUCAAUAGUACUUAGCAAGAGAGAAUUUGUGUUUGAAAAUGUGAAGUUUCAGCAACUGCAAAAGGAGAAAUUCCAGAUCACCAACAAUGGUCAGGUUCCCUGUCAUUUUUCCUUCAUCUCUAAGAAUGGUGAGAGCCAAUACUGCAAACCAUGGCUACAAGUUAACCCCUGUGAGGGUUACUUGGAACCAAAUGCGACAUUAGACAUUUCCUUGAGUGUCUAUGUUAGUAAAGAUUCUGUUCCAGUCCUGAAAUCAGGGGAAGAGAACAUUAAAGACAUCCUCAUCCUUCACUUGGAUCAAGGCAAAGAUUACUUCUUGAUCAUCAAUGGUAACUACCUCCGGAGUUGUUGUGGCACAUCCCUGGAGGAAUUGUGCCAAAUGAGAAAACCAAUCAGAGAAGUUCCUGUUUCCAAACUCAUAGAUUUGGAGAUGACUGCUUUGGAAGAGAAUGUGAGUGAAAAACCCCUUCAGAUUCCCAAGGAACUCUGGCUCUUAGUGGACCACUUAUAUAAGCAUGCCUGUCACCAGAAGGACUUGUUCCAGAUUCCUGGAUCACAGAAAGAAGUUCGGCAAAUUAUUGAUUGUCUGGAUACUUGCAUUCCUCAGGCGGUACCUGGCAGUAAUUACUCAGUAGCUGAAACACUCCUCAUCUUCCUGGAAGCUCUGCCAGAGCCUGUUAUCUGUUAUGAACUAUAUCAAGAGUGCCUUAACUAUUCACAUAACUUCCAACUGUGCCAGAAGGUAAUUUCAUACCUUCCACAGUGCCACAGAAAUGUUUUCUGGUGCCUAAUAGCUUUCCUUCGAGAACUCUUAAGGCACUUUGAAAGUAACAACAUUAAUGCCAACAUGCUUGCAAAUCUCUUCUCAAGUCUUCUACUUCGGCCUCCACCUAAUCUAAAGGCUAGACAGACUCAGGCCAAUCACCAGUGUGCUGUCCAGUUUCUCUUGGGCUUCUUGCUUGGAGGUGAUAAACAUUAA